AUGAUUUUCGAGUGCUUUAUACACGUUUCCUCCUUUCUAGACAAUCAAAUUUACUUGUCACAGUUCGAAUCCGAUCGCUUAGAACAACUUAAACAAUUGGAGCUGAGGGGGAACUUUUUAACCGACCUGUCCGGCAGUUACCCGGCCAGCCUCGAGGCUCUGUAUCUGGCGGAGAAUCGCAUCAAGGAACUGACACUGUCGUCCGCCGACUUUCGGCGGCUGGCCGUCCUCCACCUGCGCGAGAAUUACGUUCGGAAGCUGGACGGACUCGGACGCGCCGAUCUGCCCAGCUUGAGGUAUCUCAACCUGCGAAAGAACAAGAUCACGAAGUUCAGGCAGUUUCGAAAGCUGGCCCGGCUGCCCAAGCUGGAAACGCUAAUCGUCUUGGGGAAUCCGUUUUACGGCGAGGAAGAGAAACCGGGGGAGGACGACGAAGAGCUAGGCGACGAGGAAGAGAAGGAGGACAUCGCCAGGCAGAGACGAGAUCACGCUUCACACAGAGUCGAAGACUGA